GGAGUUUGUGCUCCACGGACUACCGGACACUCCGCCUCUCGGUCCCCCGGUAUCCAAGCUUCCGUUGCCGGAUUCCAGGUUCUCACGCACUGGCACCUCCACGCGCUCUCUUCGCAAACGUCGGAUAACUUUUCAUACUUUGACGCAAACUGGAUUAAUUUGAGGGAUUAUUGUUGUUUUUGCAGAAGAGGUUCGUACGUGCCACGUAGCCAUUCAAAAUUCUUUUUUUGGGUCUUUCAAGGAGCUCUGUGGCCGCCGGGGAGCCGUCACCCUCGGCUGGGCCUCCGGAGCGAACAAAAGGUGUCUCGUCACACUGAGUCACUCGAUUUGUUUCAACACUCCAAUGCAAAGGGGGAUUUAUAUUCUUUUCCGGAGUGUUGCGCUCUAAUCUGACUCACUGGCUGACUGUCAACCGACAGCUGCCCGCCUCUCGCUCCUGCCUCCCCCAUGUUCGCCGGGUCCGGGUGAAACGAGCUACCGGUCCCGUCUCGACUCCCCUCGGGCAGGUGUAAGGCGUGGCUUUGGGCGGGGGCAAUUUUAUGCCUACACCUUGAGUUCGCGUAGGAGAAAGUCGUUGAAAAACGUGUUUGUUUAUCCCCUUUUUCUUGGACUUUUAUUUCCUCUCAAAUGAGAAGUUCCACGACGGAGGAGUACGGCUCGUGUUUUUUAUCUUCCCGGUGUGGCUCACGACAGAUCCGGAAUGAAAGCGGGGUAAUUUGGGAAGUUUAGACGGGCCGCCGCGUUUUAAGUAUUUAAGUGGAUUCGUCGAGGCAAUGGCGUUGUCUCAAAUCCAAUGCCUAGACGACCAUCACGUCAACUGGCGUGUUAGCCAGAGCAAGCCGGAGUUCUUCUAUAGUGAGGACCAGCGGUUGGCUUUGGAGAAGCUCAUCACCCAGGGCCGUGGUGCGUUCACGGACUACCUCCGCGAGAAAAACGUGCGGGACUUCCUAUCAGAUCACGAGUUGGAGCGGAUCACCCACACGGCCGAACUUUACCGGCCCGGGCACGAGCACUACCUAAAACCCGAGACUCCCGGUGGACACGCGGGGAAUACAACCCCAGGAUCUGGAGAAGAUGGAGCAUUGGACGGGCAAGUCUCGCUCCAAUACUGGCCGGACCGGUCUGAGGCCUCGGUGGCGGAGUUGGACCUCGGUUGGCCUGAAGCGAUCUCGUACCGUGGGGUGACACGCGUGAGCGUGUACACGCAGCCCCCCGCUGACGGUCAAUCGCACAUUAAGGAGGUCGUGCGCAAGAGCAUCGCUUCAGCAAAUAAGGUGAUAGCCGUGGUGAUGGACGCCUUCACUGACGUGGACAUCUUCCGAGACCUGCUGGACGCCGCUUACAGACGGAAAGUCCCCGUCUACAUAAUCAUCGACACGGCAGCGGUGUCCUCGUUUCUUUCCAUGUGUGGCCGAGCCGAUAUGCAUCGCGGUCAUCUAAAGAAUCUUCGCGUGCGCUGCUGUGGCGGCGUGGAGUUCUUCACGCGCUCAGCUCAAAAGGUUCGCGGGUCCCUGAGCCAGAGGUUCCUCCUGGUCGAUGGCGACAGAGCCAUCUCCGGUUCAUACAGCUUCACGUGGUCCUCGUCCCGCUUGGACCGUAACCUCAUCACGGUGAUCACUGGACAGGCCAUGGAGACCUUUGAUUUCCAGUUUCGGGAACUGUUCCUCCUGUCACGGAGCGUGUCUCUCAGCAAGGUUCCCAUGGUGGACGAACCCGUUCCCGACCCGCUCCCUCAGGCCGCCCCUGUUGUGGUACCAGCCUCCGUUGCUAAGAAGCUCAUCAACCCCAAGUACGCGCUGGUUGCCGCGGGAACGCACACAAGUACCACGUCUUCAGACCAGAACUCCAGCAACAAGAACUCACAGGUUCCCGUGGGGUUAAAAAUCCGUAAGGGGCGUCUGAAGGGGCUUUCCGAGGAGCCGCAGAUACAUCCGGCGUUGGUCAACAUGGAGAAAGCCUACCUGAUCCCAUACCUCCCCACCUGGCCGGACCCGGACCCGCCGAGCGACGUGAUAGGUUUCAUCAACAUCAGGGACGAAAAACUUGCUCAUCAGGUUCACUUGCAGAGGUCCGAGCGCUUUGCGGUCAGUCAGGCCAUUCGGUUCAGCUCUUCGCUGACUCAGCCGAGUCCUACCGAGGAGGCGAAAGGCGACGCGCAACCUGCGCCCGGUGACGCCUCGGCUCCUAAGAGUGCGCCCAACGAGGAGCGGCGGGAAGAAGCAACUCCAAAUAAAGACGGUGAGGAGGAAACAGAUUCCAGAGGGGCCUCGCAGCAGCAGCAGCCCGAUGCACUUCUCACACAGGAGACACAACAAACACAACCCGCCUCUGCAGAACCUCAGCCGACGGACAACUCCGGAGAAACUCCAGAGGCGCCAGCAGCAGGACCUCCCAUCCCUAAACGGCGAACGCUACACUUAGUCAUAGACCCCUCCCCCUCAGACCAGCCCAUCGAAACACAGGUCACUCUGGUUAAAAUCGACGACACCCCGAGCGCCAACAACACCCUCGCCCACGUCGCCUCCAAGGAGGAGGGCGCCGACUCGGGCAGCAACGACAACGGCAGCCAGGACAGCACCAAGGUCAUGUGCGACCGAGCGGGCGCCCAAGCCCCGUCCAGCGCUUCCACGGUGUCCGAGGAGGAGUAUUACGACUGCACCCAGCAGCAGCAGCAGCCCGCCGACCCGUUGGCCGACAGGGUGAGCACGGGGUCCGGCCGUGGCCACCGGCUUAUGGACGGCGUCAACAUGAUGGCCCGCCUCUCUCAGAGCAUGCUUGACCUGCGGGAGCCCCCAGCCCAGACGGAGGACAGCGCCGCGCUCAUCCGCCAGUCGCAGCAGCUCCGCAGCCAGGGCUACAGAUCACCGCACCGGCGCUUAGGACAGUUGUUCUCCUCUUCAAGAUCUCCCGGUCGCGAUGGGAGGCUGAGAGGCACAAAAGUCGUCAUCGCCAAACCGGGGAGCUUCCAUCGCCCGCAGCGAGCCAUCAACCCCGUGAUCGGUGGGCAUCGUUACUGGCACGGACAAACGCUACAACCGGACGCCGCCCUCAUGCGAGCCGACGCACGAUCCAGCCGCUCGCCGCGCCGCCACAGCCCGGGCUACAAGAAGGGGGCUACCACUUCCUCGCCAUUGCGGGCAGCCAAUCCUACUGGAGGAAUCGCACCUAUGUCCAAGCUGAAUAAUUUGAAACAUCUAAAGGUACGAGGUGGAACCUCACAGAAGAAAAUGUCUCAAAACAGCAGCAACGAGGCCUCCAGGUAGAAAUGAUAGCCAGGAAUGCUUGACGUGCUUUUAACGUGGGUGGUGCUUACUGUAAUAAUGGAAUGUUAUUUUAAUCGUUAGGCUCAGACCACAUGUAGAUUUACAUAUCGCGAGCAAACCAAAUUACACUCAAGGUGAAGUGUAAAUGUAUGCUCGCAUAUCUUUGACUGGAUUAAUACUUAACAGUCGGACAAACGACCUUCAUUUUACUUGAGCCCCUUGACGGCUUCAGAUUUUUGCACUGUCAAUCUUUUUACUUACCGAACUCCAUCAUUUGUGUCGUGAGUCAACUCUACGAACUUUCGGGUUCCUAUGCUGAAAUCACUGGGAUUGGUCACUGACAUGUAAAGGGGCGGGGCUUGUUGUUGACAACGUUUGCCUUGUACAGAUAUAGUGCGGUGUUUAAUCUGAUGUGGGACCAAAAGUGAAUGCUGUGAAUAAAAUCGAUUCGUGCUGAGA